AUGGAGAAGCGCGCCCAAGGCAAGCCAGCCCCUAAACAUGUGCAAGCAGUGGCCUCCGAAAGCGAGGACAGGGACGUGGCUCACCUGCUUGAUAGCUGCCACAGCGGCCUGGAUUGCUACCUACAGCAGAUGCCCAACCAGACGACGCAGGUGACGCAGAAGCCGAAGCACGAUCUCGCUGACCCAGAGCUCGCUGACCCGCCAGCCGACGCUUCCAGAGGACCGAAACACUACCGCAUCUACACCGAUGACAGCCGCGAGGAUGGCUAUGAAGAUGACGGUGGGGACAGAUGGAGCUGGCGGAACCCAGAGCCCCGGCACACUGCACAAGCAGACGACUGGGAAGAGCAAUGGGAGACUUGGGAAGAGCGGGGGAGGGACGACAGGGCGAGCGAGUCUUCAUAUGUGUACGAGGACGAGACGUCGGUCAGCGAUGAGUUCAUCCGGCGCCAGCAAGAAGGGGAGCCGCUCCACGCGGUCCCCAAAGAGGCUCCCAGCUCAACUCAACGGGACCGCCUUGCGAAAGUGGUGGAUCUGUUGGAGGUGCUUGCAAGGGCGAGCCUCCCCACGCUUCUGAACUCAUUCUGGAGAUCGGGCGACUUCACCAAGCACCACAACACCUUCCAUACUCAUCCCUCCACCAAGGACUACCCACGAGUGGGCAACUGGAACCUGUCACUGACGGGAAGCAUGCUGUGCCCGCCGCUCCGAAGCAUAUACCGGGACCCAUCAGCCUUCGGAUCCUUCAUGGAGGCGUUUGUGGUGUGCCACGCCCAAAUGUCACCGCAGCCGACUUGGUUCCCGGACCUGGAGCUCCUGGUGACCCUGGUCACCACAAUGACCGACACCUGUUCUCCGGCUACGUAUGAGGCCCUCACCUGGCGCUCAAGCCCGGCCGAGUUCAUUCACGUCUUCAAGACCUACGAGGAACAGGCCCCAGAACCUGGAGAAGCGGGCACAGGAGCGCUACGCAAUCUCCUCGACACGCCGGUAGCAGCCAGGGAACAGCGCACCGGAACAGGUGAGCCGCGACCGGCCACCCCUUCGGCUCCUGAGCCCAAUGAGCUACCAGCACAAGAGGAUGUGCCAGAAACGCCGCCACCAGCACAGCUUCAGCAAGUGGCACAACAAAAGACGGAGCCUGCUGUGGACUCGCCAACGAGCUCUCAGGCUGACGCGUGCCAACCGGCUCGGCACCAGGAAGGGAAGGUUGACACCCCCUCGCAGCGGUCAGAGCACUCCGAUCCUCCAGAUGAUGAGCCGAUGCGGUCCCCGAAGGACCGGACCUCAGACGAGGCCAACACUACCCACCGACUGAUCGGAGGCCACAGAGUCAGACCGCCACCGAGCCCACCGUCCAGAUCGGGCUCCUCCCCUGUCGACGAAUCGGGCACUGAGCACUGGAUGCGAAAGCAUGGCAAGCCCAGCAGGGUCAGGGGCGAAAGGGCUAAGGAAAUCUCGAAGGCCCUCACUCAGCUUCUUCGCCAUGCAGCCCCUCGGCUGAAGAUUCCCAUCCAGGAAGAUGGGUACAUGGAGAUGGGUGCCCUUCUAAGGGCCCCAAGGUUCUGGAACCAAUGGAUCACGGAGGCCGAGGUCAUUGACGUGAUCCACUACAACCAGAAGAGCAGGUUCGAGGUCUGCUUCCAGCAAGGCAUCUACCUAGUGAGAGCCCUCCAGGGCCACUCCAUCAGCCACAUCCGCGACGAUCUGGUUCUCACCCCACUGUCAGUGGACCAGACGCCAGAAUACGCGGCCCAUGGCACUUUUUACGAUUUUUAUGGCAGCAUCCUGCAACAUGGACUGAUGGCAGGUGGCCGACAUGGUCCGACUUUCCGCCGUCAUAUUCAGCUGGUAGAAUGGUUGCCGUGGCAAGGCGCAGUUUCAGGGAUGCGCAGCGACUGCGAUAUCGCAACCUGGAUCCGCACCCGCGAAGCGGCGGCCGCAGGGGUCCGCUUCUACAGGUCGGCCAACGACGUGCUCCGCACGGAAACCACGCUCGAUCCGGCCCUUUUCCAUAGCGUCCAAAUCAUGCGGAGCACAGAGGUGUUGACCGCCGAUGGCGGUCCACCACAUCCGCAGCAGGUCGCAUUGGCCAUUUCCCGUGCUCCGACUCGGGACACACAGCGCAGUGAGCAAUACAUGGCUGCUGAGUGCGACACACCGCACGGCAGCCAGACGACGCCAAGCAAGGACCAGGACCCCAUCUACACGCCGGUCUACUGUCACAACGUCGGGGGCCUUGGCUCGGGUAUGUACGAGGAUCUAAUGGGCGUGAUGCUCCUGAUUCGCAGAUCCCUCACCCAGGCUGGCCACUACCGACCGAUCGGCCUACAAGACCAACUCGGCAAACUCACCUUCAAGGCGCUCGUGGAGCCCCACCAGAACCACAUAUAUAGCCUCAUCAUGCAAUUCCCGCAAUACGGCUACACGCCUGGCCGCUCGCACCGAGAUGCGCUACGCAGAGUGUUCGAUCAUUGCUCCAGUGUAAGGGCCAACUGUCGGGCACUGCACAGCACUCUUCAUGAUCGGUUUGCUGGGACGGCGGCGAAAACCAUGACAGGUGGGCUCCAGAUCACACUGGAUCUAGCGGGAGCUUUUGACGCCAUGCCGAGACAUCGCCUGCUUGAGGGUAUGCAGCGCAUGCAACUGCCGGCACACCUUAUUCACAUCGUGAUGAGCUGGCACCAGCAAGCGCACUACCACAUCAACCAUGACGGCACUGAUCGCGUCAUUCACGCGCUACGACGUCAACUCAACAAGGAGACCUCGGACCCCAGUCCCAACCCGGAUGUUUUUCGCAGGGGACCAGAGAGCCACGCCUGGCAACGAGUCAUGGACACGCUACAGCUAGAAGGCUCCACGCAACUCACAGAGAUCAUGGACCCACCACAGAAGGAAUACCCGAACAUAGAUGCAGAGUCCUUUUUCCCACCCAAGCAAAUCCAGACGCACAUGCACUCAGAGAAUGCAGCUUUUCGUCUCCAGGACCGCAGCUGGCUCCAGCAGUAUUGCGCCCUGUGCUCCCAGUGGAUUGCAUGCUCAGGGAAGAUGAAGCAGCACUAUAGAGACAGGAUGGACCAGCUUCAGGAAGUCUUCGGCCCCCUGGUGACGGAGCAGCUGAACAACAUGGACUGGCAGCCGGUGAAGAGGGAGGCCGAGCCCAACUCGGCCCCUGCAGACAGAAGCAAGGCGUCGCGAACGGAGCUGGGGAAGGGGAGACCAUGGCAGCUGGCCCCCACCAACAAACAACCCUGGCGCAAAGGUGGGGGAAAGGGACGAUUCUCGGAAGGUCCCAACCUGAACUACCUAAUCAAGGCGCUAGCCAGGCUGGCCCUUCAACAGGAGACGGCGCUCAAGAUUCUUCGACAGGACUACAGCUGGGUGCUCUUUGUCCAGCCGGGCAACCAGGGACCCCUGCCCCUCCUCUUCGCGGAAAUGGAAGAAGACAUCGGCGGAGCGACGCCCACGCCGUUCCAGACCAAGGCCGAGGAGUCGAAGUGGCUGCAGGACGGAUGCUGGUGCUAUCAGAAGUGGUCGCCGGCCCUGGGGAGCCUAGUGGAGGACGAGAACAGGCCCCCUCUGGCUCAUACGAAGUUGGUAGAGGCACUGCAGCUAGUGCUUCCCCUCAUCAUGCAGCCCUACAUGGUCCAUCGAUUUCAUGCGACGCGCCCACUGGCCGGGAACAUGACGGGCAUCACCACCUUUCAACUCGACGUCUCGAACAGGACGAAGGGCCACAUGACGGUAUGGGAGUGCCUGGAGGCGUUGACGGGAUUGGCGGCCUUGCAGGUGAUAGUGAUAGGGCUCCAGCUUCGGCGCGAUUCUCUCAAACAAUCGCCGGCUGCCGCGCUUGUCCAACAGGCGUUGGCCGAGUACUCCUGA